AUGUCGGCACCAAAGCUAACACUUGGAAGCAUUGAUUUUACCUUUAAAAGAUCAAGUCCAUGCAAAUGCAGUUACAGACAACAUGGACUUUGUAUUUUGGAGACUGUACGGGGGAAAGGACUGGGACAGCUGACAGUACCUUCACGAAGCAACUUUGAUCGAGAGAGUACGUCCAACGAAUACUUGUCGACGGUAUUAGCGCUAUGUCCACACUUGGAGUAUCUCGAUGGAUGGAAACGGUCGUAUAAUGAAGGAGCGAGACUGGUGGCAUCUGAUGAAAUGCCAUUCUCGGAUGAGUUCUUCCUGCAGUUUGGAUUGACAACAAAGCCCAAUCUCACACGCUUACAGCUUACAUACAAUACACGAGCUCCGUUCCGUAAUCGUCGAAAUGAAUACUCAACGGGUGGCUUGAACGUGCUUUUGUCCAAUUGUCCAGCAUUGGAACAUUUAGACGUUGUUCUUCAUCGAUUGCAGCCGUGUGAUGCACGGAUUUACCCUCAAAUUGACGAGAUGAUUGACCCAAACGUGUUUAGCGAUGAUUUCUUCGUCGCGUUAUCGGAUAAUUGUCCGCAACUCGGUUCGUUACGCAUUCGAAAGCUGGGUGCUUUAUCAAACAGUCACAAGGGCUAUAGUGCAGCAGUCAACGCUAUCACAGACCGAGGUUUGGCAGCUUUGUGGCGUGCUCCACGUCUCACGUACAUCGAUAUCCAAGACGUCAGGUGCUCUGGCAAUGUCAUCUUAAGGUUUGUAAGCACUGACAGGGAAUAUUUCCAAGACAAAGCAACACGUCAGAUACAUUUUCGAGAGCUGGGUGUGUGUUUUGGAGAAGUAGUACAGCGUGUGCUUGAUGAUCUGGCAAGGAUGCCAAACAAAGAGUUAGUUAACCGACUAACAGAAACGCCAAUGGUAAUCUCACUUUCCAGUCGGCAAGGUUAUGUAUUUGAUCGACCUUGGCUUGUCAAGAUGCAGCGCGCCUUCCAGGCUCGGUUCACAAAACGAAAGCUUUGUUUUGCGGUCUUUGGUUUGAAGAGGGACAAAGAUACUGACCUUUACUCUAGCAGCCGCCGAAGUGUUGAGCAAGAAGUCAUUGCACAGGUUAUGGCUCGAGCAUGGAUCAAAGCUGGCGUACUGCGCGUGGGUCGUCUCGUUCUUUAUACACACAAAGCUGUGCUUGACGAGUGUUUACAAAAUGUUUUGUGUAAGACAGGCCGUAGAAGCUCAUGGAUUAUAACGAAUGAGUAG